AUGAGCUCAGAAGUGAAAGUAGAGGAUAAGAGUGAAGUAGUGGUUGAUGAACACAAGGAAGUGAUUGAAUCAGUCAAUGCUGAUGAAGUAGAGGUGGCGGGUUCCGAGGAUGUUGCUACUGAGCAAGAAGUUUCGGAGCCAAUACAAGAACCUACUGAAAAAUCAGAAACAAUUGGAAAUGCAACAGAAUCUAAUGAUUUAGAAGGUAAACCUACUGAAAAAGGGCCAGAACAAAUAGAAGAGAUUUCCGAAGCAACUGAUGAACAAUCAGGACAAACUGGUCAACAAUUCGAACCAACUGACCAAAAAACUGAACAGACAAACCAAUCCGAUCCAAAAGAGAACCAACCAGAAGAUAUACCUCAAUUAUCAGAUGAUGACAUUGAAGUAGAUUCAGAUUCCGAGUCCGAGUCCGAGUCAAGUGAUUCUGAUGUCUCAGAUAACGACUCAGACUCGGAUUAUCAUGAUGAAGAUGAAGAACCAGAAUCUAACAAACCCAUCACAUCCAAAAAUGAAGUUCUCAAUGAGCAAGCUCCGAGAUUGCCUGAAAACUAUACCAAAGAAAACAAAGCCAUUGAAUAUUUAGGUGAGGUGACAUCAUUCAUUGAUUCCUCAAUCAUUAUUCAAGGGUCUAUAUCGGGGGAAUUCAGAAUUUUGAAAGACUCUUCCAUUUUGUGUACUGAAACCACUGUUCUUGGGCCCAUUUUCGAAAUUUUCGGUAGUUUGAAAAAGCCUAUCUAUAGAAUUAAGUUCAACGAUGACGAUUUGGAAACCUAUGAAUCGAUUAAGCAACAAGUAACUAAAGGUGAUAAAGUAUUCUAUGUUGUCAAUGAUUCUCAAUUUGUCUAUACUGACAGUAUCAAAGGUAAAGGAUCGGAUGCUUCAAAUUUUAAUGACGAAGAGAUUCCUGAAGAUGAACAAGAGUUUUCUGAUGAUGAACAAGAGAUGAUGGCAAAGAGGAAGAGAAAAGGAAAGAAAAACGAUAAGAAAGACAAAAAACCUAAAGUGGCUAAAGAACCAAUACCUUAUCAACCUCCUCAAUACACCCAACCACAAAUUUCACAACAGGCUUCACAACCUCCACAGUCACAACCACAACCUUACUCCCAACCUCAAGCUUACGCUCAACCCCAAUCAUAUGGCCAACCCCAAGCUUACGGACAGCCUCAACCAUACAAUCCACAACCUCAAUCCUACAACCAACCACAAGCUUACAACACAUUCCCUCAACACAUUCCUCAACCAGCAUAUGGUCAACCUUAUGGACAAUAUCAACACUUCAACCAAUUUCCUAACUAUCAACAACCCCAAUUCCAGCAAUAUCCUCAACCUCAAUAUAAUCAGUAUGGACAAUAUCCUCCUCAACAAUAUUCCCAAUUUCCUCCUCAAUAUGGCCAACCUAUGAAUGCUAACGACACUAACCAACAAUUGAAUGCUGCGUUGUCUAAUGCUUCACCAGAGCAAAUUCAAAUGGUCCAACAAUUACUUAAAAACCAACAGAACCAAAAUCAACAAAACCAAAACCAACAAUAG